UCCAAAAGAGUGCGCCAACAGGCAGACAGACCAGGUCACGUGACCGACGCUCCACUGAUUUAGCACCAUUUGAGGAGUCGCCCUGCCGAUUGAGUGCCGAAAUUCGCAACCAAUUAUGUCCGCAGCCGAGAACUCUGUGGCCGACGUGGCCCCUGAACAGAACUCCCCUGCGAAGGAGUCACCUCAGGGACGCAAACGGGCAGCCAAGGAAAUCGAGACUCCUUCCGCUGAAAGACGCGUGACAAGGUCGUCGGCUCGUGGUGGAUCAACACCCGCUCCUCCACCACCAAAGAAGGCUGCAACCCCUGCUUCUAGCAAGGGUGGAAGUCGGCGUGGAAGGCCGCCCAAAAAUGCAUCGCCAGCCGUUGACAAGUCGCCUGCCGAGAACGGCCGUGACGAGAGCGAGGACGACACCAAGAAGGAGGAUGAAAACGGCAAGGAGCACGAUGAGGUCGUCGACAGCAAACCCAAGCCUGAGGAGAAGAAGGAGAAAGAGCCCUCAGCUGAAGCUGCGACACCCAUAAAGGAGGCUGACCCGCAGCCAGAAAAGACGGCAGAAGAAAAGCCAGCCGAGGAGAAACCCAAGACGGAAGAGCCCGAGGCCAAGGAGCCUGAACCAGUCAAAGCAGCUGAAGCUCCUGCUGCCGAAGCUGCUCCUGCUGCUGAGCCAGUGGUUGAGGAGAAAAAGGUUGAGCCUGAAGAGACCCAAGUACAGACUGCCACAAAUGAAACAGCCAAGGCUGAUUAAAGCCUGAAGGCCAACCACAUUCUCAGCAACCGUGCCCGAUUUGUGCCAAACAAACAUUCUUGGCGUUUUCUAUCAACCAACCUCAUUCGACACGCAAGAAAAAUCAUUUGUCUGUGCGCGGCAGUCUGAAUUUGCGGUUAUCAUUCCAAAGCUCGUUUUUGGUUUUAUCCUGGAUUUUUACACUUAAAAUUAGCAUAUGGAGUGUUCCUCGACACCAAGAAAGAAAUGCAAACAACUAACCACCUGCCGAGGAGGCCCGCGACUUCACCUUGUACAAAAUUUUAAAAAUCGUCAAAGCGGCAUCCUGAAAAAUUUUUUACCAUUGUAGUUGUGUGUAUGUAUGUUCAAAUUUCAAAUUCAUGGUGAAUGACAUUUUACAUCUUACAUAAGAUGAAUUGUGGCGUUUGUAGGGCCAAUUCCUUUUUAAUUGAAAUUGCAGAGUAUUCGCUCAUUAUUUUGAAUAAUGCGCAAAUCCCUCGAAGUGUUUUUUGGCAUUCUCUUUAGAGAAAAUUUUUUAAUAGUGGCCCAAAUUGUGUAAUUUAUUGUCACAUAGCAAAGUGUAAAGUGAAAGAAUAUAUUGCACGUAAAGAAUAACCACUGAAUAUUAUCUAACUUAAUUAUUUAAGGCAAAAAGGAAGUGCGUGAAUGGAUGACAUUACGAUAAUUGCUGCUCGCAGGGAAUCAUAAAACAUCAAAAUCAUCAAAAUGUUUCCUUGGAUUUGCUUGAGGGAUGAGUGUGUAAUUUGUUUGUCCUCCUACCCUCUCAAGAUUAAUUCAUUGUAAUUCCUGGUUCUCCUAAAAUAAAUUCAGCCUUUGGUUCAACAAGAUCAAA